AUGUGCACUCGGGUCAUGCACGUAUACCAAUGUGGCUGCAGAGAAAAAGGCGAACUCAAGCAGUGCAAUCGCCUGUAUGAACAAGAAUCGAACCUGCAAUGCAAUGUCACCGACGUCGAUCCAAAGAUCUCGCGCAACUACUGCUCCAAGCACAUGCCCAAAGAGAACAAGGCCACAAUGGCCUAUGCGUGGAGAAUCCUCACUGUACUGGUAGCUCAGUGGUACGCCGACUGCCAAGAGGAUGUAGAUGUGGAUGGUUUCCAAUACAUGUAG